GCUGCUGCUGCUGCCAACCAUACAGUCAGUGUGGGAUAAACUAGCGCUGAGAAAGGCGCAUCACUCCUCCUCUAUUCUCUUUAAAGGAAACUGCAAAACAUUCCUGGAUUUUUGUUGUUGUUGUUUUUUGCUGUUGUUAUUGUUGUUGUUUUCGUGAAUUUCUUCACUGGUUAGCCAUGGGGAACCUGUUCUUUACGGGGAUGCAUCCAGCUGAAGAGUUUUUACGCAUCGCAUCUCUUGGUUAUUUUGCAAAGAUCGCGGAGUAGUAAAACAAUAAAAACUUCACAAGGUACAAGAGGAGCUGCGUGUGCGCGUGUAUACAAUGAGGUACGGAUUGGUGGUCCUUGCUGCUGGUUUCACAGCUUUGCUCAGCUUCAGCCUCCUCGCUUUGGCUAUUGGGACUGAUUACUGGUACAUCAUCGAUGUUAACACAGCCAACCACACAGGUCCUGACGACCUGAGUUCACAUUCUGGACUGUGGAGAAUAAUUGAAGGAGCGAACAGGAGCUCAUUCAUUCCUACUUUCACAGCAAAUAUGUCCAGCCUGUCAGAGACAGAAAGGCACCUUCUUGGCUUGCAUAAGGUGGUGGUCAUUGUGUUGCCCCUCAGCCUGGUCCUGCUGGUGUUUGGGUGGAUCUUUGGACUUGUCAGUUCACUGGCCUGCAGCCCAAGCUUGCUGGCUGGAGCGGCAUCAUACUUUCUCUUCUGUAGUCUUUUUACUCUUACUGGGGUCAGCAUCUACAUCAAAUACUCCAACCAGGCCAUGGAUGAGUUCCAGCGGAUCGUUUCCCCAGAAAACCUCGCUAACGUGGAUGUCUCCUUUGGCUGGUCCUUCGCCUCUGCCUGGCUCUCCUACAGCCUUGAAGUAGCCACCGGCCUGCUGCUCAUGCUAGCUGCCAGAAUAAUUCAGAUGAAAGGACGCUAUGACUCAGGCGUAGCCAUCGCCAUGUUAUAGAUUAGUUGAGCGUUGAUGCCCAAGUGACUCUCAAAACCCACAUGUCGAUUGUAUUUUAUUUAUUUAUUUAUUUUAAAUCAGGUGGAUCUCAUGCUAAGAUGAAAAAAAAGAAGAUGCAAUUUGCAUCAGCAUAACUGCAACCAUACGUGUUGAAAAAGUAAAGCUGCUUAAGAAUUGUUUUUUUUUCUUCGGCUGGUUCGUGAUGACUGUUGCUACCUUUUUUCCAGCAGGUAUUCUUCUUUCUCUAUUGUGCUUGUCCACAAUGAUAAAUGAGGCUGCACAAAUAGGUAAAAGGGGCAACCGAUCCACAUUGUGUUUACUGCAGAUAUAAACUGGAUUUUUUGUUUUUCUUUUUGUGUUUUUCAAGAGCCUCUCAGCAAUGUCUGCACUCUUGCUGUCCAUGUAUAGCACAUGUAUGCAUACAGAUACAACCCUGUUGGUCUGGUGUUCUCAUUUUUCAUUAAGCAGUGGAUUUUCUCUGAGCUGAGUUUUGAGAGAUGUGUGCAAUUUCUUCUACGAACCAAAUGCAAUGAAAAGGGGUCUAGUGAAGUUUUAUGGGAUCAUUUACUUUUUGACGGAUGGGUUAAUGAGGCUCUUUGUCUUGAGGAUGACUAUUGCACCUCUUCUACACCCAUAUCUUAAGCUUUAUUUCAAUAUGGUCUGAAUCAGGAAGUCCUAGUAUUUCAUUCAAGUGGAAACAUUGCUGAUUCUGCAGCAGAGAACCAAAA